AUUCAACAUCUCCAACCAGUAACAAGCCAACAAGUCAACAAGCUAUGUAAAUAUAGAUCAUUGCAUUGCAUACCCGCCCGUUUUACCCCUCAGCUGAACAAGGAUACUAAGCUUCCGUGACAGAGACCCCCGCAAUUACGUGGGCCUUGACGUCAAACUGCGACAACACCUCACACGCUUUGAUAGAAAAAGCAAUGUUAUGUUGAAUUUAGCUGAUUCAAAAUCGUUGUUCACUACAAAAGUUCAUAUUCACUGAUUUUUCUAAAUUCACUCAAGAGACCACAAAUUAUUCUCCAAUACGAACAGGUAACUAGGUGAAGCUUUCUAUUUAUCCUUCCAAUAUUACCUCUCCAAAGCUCUUACCCCUCCAACAACACAGCUACCCCGCUAACACAUCACCACUCCACCUCAGCUCUACAACUCCAGCUUCGAUACCUAACAACCCAAUUCAAACCAAAUAUAAUCGAAUCAAAAUAAAACCACCGCGGAGCAAAACAAAAAGAUGUCCGGAGAAGCAAAAGAAUACUACUCAGGAGCCAGCAUGGAAUCCUCCAACCCCAACCCCAACACUAGCCAAAAAGAUGACUACGACUCGGACGACGAGACGAUGCAAUCCGCAAGCCGCCACGCAGAGCAACACGCCGGCAGCAGUGGAAGCAUAGACAUGUUCGCAAGCAUCAUCAGCUCCCUUGCAGGAAACAAGCAAGAAAUAGCUCAACAACCUAUCGAUGAACAACGUAUUUACAUCCCCUCCCCUUCCCAAACAAAACAAAUAAAAUCCAUCACUAACCCCUCCCAGACGCCGUAAAAUCCCACCAACAAUUCUUCUCCUCAUCAUCAUCCACCACCGAAGCAUCCUCCGCAUCCAUGGGCUCCGCCGCCGCAAUGCAAGCGCUGAAGAUAUUCGUCGGCGGCUCGGAGUCGGGCAGUGGAGGCGGCGAACAGAAACAAUCGCAAAACGCAUUCGUCGGCAUGGCGAUGGCGCAAGCUAGUAAGCUGUUUGACAACCAGGCCGCGGCGGGUAAAGUGGCGAGCGGGGAGAAGAAAGAAAGUGCCGUGCAGCAGGCGGGGGAGAUGGCGUUGAAGAUUUAUUUGCAGAGUGGUGGGAAGGGUGGUGGUGGGAGUGGAGGCUUNAGAAAGAAAGUGCCGUGCAGCAGGCGGGGGAGAUGGCGUUGAAGAUUUAUUUGCAGAGUGGUGGGAAGGGUGGUGGUGGGAGUGGAGGCUUGAUGGGGAUUGCUAGUAAGUUUUUGUAGAGAUGGAGAAGGGGGGAUAUUCUGCGGGCGGAAUAGAGGAAAAGUUAGGUAUGAAAUUGUGA